AAAGUUCUUACAAAAUAUUUGCGAGCUUUACGCAAACAUAUAAUUAAAAAAAAGAAAAAAAAUUGUGUUUAAAAAUAGUGCAAUAACCUAAGAAAAAUCUUAGCAAAAUGCUUGAGGAAAAUAAUAAUCAAAGCCAUUUUCAUGAUAAUAAUAACAUCAACAGUCGAGCAACAAAUUUAAGGGAUGAAUAUCAUCACAUAUUCAAUGCCUCGAACAGCGGCAAUCGUUUAAGCGAUAAUAUUAAUAAAAAAUUUAAUAAUAAAAAAAUUCAAGUUUUUCAUCUAAGAAUUUCUAAAAGCAAAUUACUGAGAUAUUUUAAUGCAUUCUUGGAAUUUUGGAGAUUUAUAUUUUACUGCAUUGGUGUCAUCGUCCAAAGAUUUUAUUAUUUAGCCUUUGGUUGGCCCGAAAAAUCAUUAUCGACAGACAUAGCGUUGAUAACUGGUGGUGGCAAUGGUUUGGGACGCCUCUUGGCAUUGCGCUUAUGUAAAAUGGGUGCUAAGAUAGUGAUAUGGGAUAUAAAUAAAGCAGGUAUUAAUAAAACUGUACAAAUGUUAGAAGAACUGGGCGGCUAUUGUAAAGGUUAUGUCGUCGAUAUCUCUAAACGAGAAGAGGUAUAUAAAGCGGCUGAAGAUGUUAAAAGGGAUGUUGGCGAUAUUAAUUUAUUGAUAAAUAACGCUGGCGUAGUAUCCGGUUUUAAUUUACUUGAUACACCCGAUCAUCUAAUUGAACGUUCUUUCAAUGUGAACGUAGUGGCACACUUUUGGACAACCAAAGCUUUUCUACCCAAAAUGAUUGAGAAUGAAAACGGCCACAUCGUAACGAUCGCUUCGAUGGCUGGUCAUGUUGGCAUUAAUAAAUUGGUGGAUUAUUCAGCCAGUAAAUUUGCAGCGGUGGGUUUUGAUGAGGCUUUACGUUUAGAACUCGAAGUCCUUGGGCAUAAUAAUAUUAAAACAACAUGCAUAUGUCCGUUCUUUAUACAGCAAACUGGUAUGUUUGAUAACGUCUGGGCACGCUGGGUCUCCACUUUGAAUCCGAACGAAGUAGCUGAUCGUAUUAUAAUAGCGAUAAAAAGGAAUGAAAAGCUUGCUAUUAUUCCCAGUUUCCUAAGAGGUUUACUAAUACUCAAAUGGGCAACGCCGCUUGCUUGCGCUAGUGCUUUCCUGAAAUGUAUAGUACCCGAUGCUGCGCCUCAAAGUAGGCCCCAGAAAUCGAUAUUAAAUAUGGCGACUAAUGCUGCAAUCACUUCAAGAGUGAACGUCAUGUCUACAUUUAAGGACAAUCUAUCACCUUUAACGAAUGCGAGCUCUUUGCUAAUACAAAGAUCAUCAUCGCUGGGCGAACGUGUUUUAUAAAAGAUAAAGAUUCUAAUUUUUACUUUUAUACGCUAUAUACGUCCGUACCUUAUACAUAUUAUAUAAUAUAUAUAUAUAUGUGUAUACAC